AUGCCGCGCCCAUGCCAGAGACGGCGCGCCACUGCAGCUGAGAAUCGAAAGUCCAAAUCCACAAAGCCACAAGGGCCGCCCCCGAUCCGACACAAAGCACGCCAAAAAGCCAUCCACAACGCGAGGAAAGCAGAGCGAGGAGGAGCACGCGGAGGAAGGGGACGAGGGCGUGGCGGCCAACAACACAAUGGCGGCGGUCGAUUUGCACGCGGCAGAAAGAACAAUGGGGAUCAGGAAGAGCAAGACUUUAUACCCCUGAGCGGCGGCGGCAACAAUUUCGAGGCGUUGUAUCGGGCAAGGCCAGACUAUGAUAUGGACAGCAUAGACGAAAGACAUACCCAAAGAAGCGACAGCUAUAGCGACGACGACAGCCUGACAGACUCGGACAUACUCGACGACGACGAGGAUUUGGAGGAUACCCAAGACAUUUCCAUCAACAUUGAGGAAUCUUUGCCCACACAUGGCAGGAGGAAAACCCCCAGGCCAACAGUCAUGUUCACGAUACCUGCUGCGGUCGCUGUCUACAAGGAAAUGUACUUGUCUCAGUUCCCGCUCAGUGUAUUGACGUUCCGUACCCAUUACGGCCUCUUUCAUGAAGACACUACCCCAGACUCUGGCGCAUACAUAUCCCUUGCAUCGUCCGCAGCCUCUCGUCCACCGACGGUGAGCAGCGCCACCAGCGAUGAACCUGUUGUUAUAGACGAAGCCAUAAGAACCGAUCUCGAGGCACAUAAUCCUGCACGUGACUAUAUCUUCAAUUGGGGGGUGAAUAGUGGCAAGCGAUUCACCGAGGUUGACGACAAAUAUCUCCGUACCAUUGGGGGUCAGCUAUAUAGAUACACAGACAUGCACCCUGGCUUGCUGGAGGCUUUUGAGUACCACAGGCCGGGUCAAGCACGUCUCUCACCGCCAAAGCCUGGCCCUCGGCCCCGACAACGAGGGUCAAAGGCAAAAAAAGCUGCACAGCAAGCUCCCCAGCAGCCUUCAGCACAAGGUUCAUCACAGCCAGAGACGUCCAAGUCUCAAAAAGGGAAGCAAAAAGGCAAACGAAGGCGGCCUUGA